ACUAUGAAUCUCUCAUUGUUGAGGCGAGAAGCAAGCAGCAAGGCAAUUUCGCCGAAGCAGUUGACCAGAUUGUUGUGAGCAACAAAAUGCAUGAGCUUCAAACUGAGAUUGAAAAAUUUGAAGAGGGAAAAAAAUGGUAUCACUGAGAGCAGGGAUACUUGGCGGAAGAAGGCCAAGGAGAUAGAAGAGAGAUAAGCUGCAUUGCUAGGAUCAAAAGAUGAGAUGUUAGUUGAUCUUGAAGAACAGGAAACAAACAAAAAGAAUUGCUCUCCAUAUCAGAUAUGCGUUCUGAUUUUGACUUUCUCCAUCAGGAUUGUGAAUAUGGAGAUCUGCUUGGUAAAGUUGGACUUCAUUGCUACAAUCUGCAAAAUCGGACAAACCUUGAAUUUUUCUGUACAGACGAGGCCUAUGUUGCCGGAAUACUUUAUGCAACGGAUCCAACUCGCGAGUAUUCCACUUUUAAGUUCAUAACGAGGGAGGUUCAGUCGAAAGGCGGCUUGAGUUUCAUUACUACCCAAUGCACAUUAUUGCCAGAGAAGAAAGACUUCCCAAUCUGUGCCGUGGAUGAUUUCUGCAAAAGUGAUAUGCCCAACUCGUUGACAGAGUCAGAGGUGAAAGAAGACAAGGAUUGGCUUCGUCUGUACUUGGAACUCGCAUGUCGCACCAAGUCGCGUUGGUUCCCGCGCUCACCAAUGUGGGAAAGGCCAUUAGAGCUGAGAAAGAUAAUUGUGCAAAUUAACCAGAGCAGAUGUGGAGUCUAAGAAGAAAGCCAAGGCGGAGAAUGCAAUCUUCUACAUGAGCUUCAAAACCUGUGGCAAUGCUAUCAUAAGGAGAACAAUGGAUGGAAUGCCAGAUCAUAUGUCGCUUGAUGUGAAAGCCACCAUCUUGUGUUAUGUAUUUUUAGGUAUCUUAUCGUGCCAUUAUGUAUUAAGAAUCUAAACGAUCGUCAUGGUCUUUCGUGAGACUAGUUAAGAGAAUGCUUGGCUUGAUGUUUUGCUUCUUUCUUGCUAGUCAUGAAAGUGAUAAUGAAUGCAAAUGAUAAAACGACUUUGAAUUCCA